AUGGAAAAAUUGCUUAAGGCUCAUAUACAGCUUACAGAGAGGGUGGAUCAGAUAAGUUCCCACAAUAAGAUGUUAGAAAAUCAGUUAGCAAAUCAAGCUUCCACCUCCAGGACUAAAGUCACGGGGAAGUUGCCUGCUUCCACCGAAAAUCCAAGAGAACACAUGAAUGCCAUCACUACUAGGAAUGGAAAACAACUACUGGAUCCUCUAUAUCCUAACAGUGAACAAUUUGUCAAGAGGAACCAGGCAGGUGAGAAUGAGAAAGUGAAUGAAGAUGUGGUUACCCAAGACAAAGAAGAUGAGAUACAGGAAAUUGAGCCCGUGAAGAAGCAUAUACCACCUCUACCCUUCCCACAAAAAUUCAAGAAAUCUAAGGUGGAGGAAAGAGGGGCAAAAUUUUUGAGUUUGAUCAAGCAAUUGGAUAUCUCCAUUCCUUUGCUUGAUGCAAUCACUGAGAUCCCCUCGUAUGCUAAGUUUUUGAAAGAAAUUCUAUCCAAAAAAAGGAGAUCUGAAGAUCGUGAGACAGUAGCAGUAAGUGAAGAAUGCAGUGCCUUAAUUCAAAACAAGCUUCUUCCAAAGCUUAGGGAUCCUAGGAGUUUCUCUAUCCCUUGUGUUAUUGGAGGAUCCCUUGUUCAGAGAGCCUUAUAUGAUUUAGGGGCAAGUGUGAGUUUGAUGCCCUAUUCUUUGUGCCAAAAGCUGCAACUUGGAGAGCCAAAACCUACAUCCAUGACUCUUCAGUUGGCAGACAGAUCAGUGAAGUAUCCUAUUGGAAUCCUUGAAGAUGUGCCAGUAAAGAUUGACAAAUUCUACAUUCCAGGAGACUUCGUGGUGUUAGAGAUGGAAGAAGAUGCUAAGAUUCCUAUUAUCCUUGGGAGACCGUUCUUGGCAACUGCUGGAGCAGUGAUUAAUGUCAAAAGGGGAACCUUAGUGCUUGAAAUUGGAGAUGAUAAAGUUGAAUUUAAUAUUUUUGAAUUGGCUAACAAAUCUUCUUGUCUUGAUGCUCGCUUUUAUGUAGAUGAAAUUGACUCAUGUGUUGAAGCUCAUGAGAGGGGUAAAUGGAUCUCCAAUGAUCCUUUACAACUCAAAAGUGAAGACACGAUAGAGAGUAGACAAGUGGAUGAUGGCACGAGUGGUGGUGAAUCAUAG